AUGGCGAGCAGCAUCAUAUCCUCCUCCAAUCCGAUGUCGCUUAAGCACGGUUUAUCUCACUGGUGUCCACAGUCAUCUCCUUCUCUUCAUCGAACUCUCCACCCUUCUUCUUCUUCAGUCGGAUUCAAAACUUUCCACCGAAACUACGUCGUUGCUUCCUCCUCCUUCGCUAAUGAAAAUCGGGAGUAUGUAAUUGUUGGUGGUGGAAAUGCAGCGGGAUACGCGGCGAAGAGCUUUGUGGAGCACGGAAUGGCUGAUGGAAGGCUUUGUAUUGUUACGAAAGAGGCAUAUGCGCCAUAUGAGAGACCAGCUUUGACCAAAGCAUAUUUGUUUCCACUUGAUAAGAAGCCAGCGCGGUUGCCUGGUUUUCAUACUUGUGUUGGAUCUGGUGGGGAAAGGCAAACUCCAGAUUGGUAUAAAGAGAAAGGAAUUGAGAUGAUGUAUGAAGAUCCAGUGACAGGCAUUGAUAUCGAAAAACAAACAGUAACGACAGAUUCAGGCAAGCUGCUCAAGUAUGGAACUCUUAUAGUUGCUACUGGAUGUACUGCCUCUAGAUUUCCAGAGAAGAUUGGAGGAAAUUUACCUGGUGUUCACUAUAUCAGGGAUGUUGCAGAUGCUGACUCAUUAAUAUCGUCUUUGGAGAAGGCACAGAAGGUGGUUGUUGUAGGUGGUGGUUAUAUUGGCAUGGAAGUAGCUGCAGCAGCUGUUGGUUGGAAACUUGACACUACUAUCAUUUUUCCGGAGAAUCAUCUUUUGCAAAGGCUUUUCACUCCUUCUCUUGCUAAAAAUUAUGAAGAAUUAUACCAAGAAAAUGGUGUUAAGUUCAUGAAGGGAGCCUCUAUCAAGAACUUAGAAGCUGGUUCUGAUGGGCGUGUAGCUGCCAUUAAACUUGAAAAUGGAUCUACUAUAGAAGCAGACACGGUAAUAAUUGGCAUUGGGGCAAAGCCAGCUGUCAGUCCCUUUGAAAGCCUGGGGUUGAAUAAGAGUGUUGGCGGAAUACAGGUUGACGGUCAGUUCAGGACAGGUACACCUGGGAUUUUUGCAAUUGGAGAUGUAGCAGCAUUCCCCUUAAAGAUGUACAAUCGCAUGGCACGAGUUGAACAUGUAGACCAUGCUCGGCGUUCAGCUCAGCAUUGUGUUGAAUCAUUACUUACUGCUCAUACUAGCUUAUAUGAUUAUCUCCCAUAUUUUUAUUCGAGGGUUUUUGAGUAUGAAGGGAGCCCAAGAAAAAUAUGGUGGCAGUUCUUUGGAGAUAAUGUUGGAGAGACAAUUCAAGUUGGGAAUUUCGAUCCUAAAAUUGCCACCUUCUGGAUAGAUUCUGGUAAACUGAAAGGAGUUCUCCUCGAAAGUGGAAGUCCUGAGGAAUUUCAACUCCUCCCUAAACUUGCGAAGAGCCAGCCUAUUGUUGAUAAAUCCAAGCUUCAGUCAGCAUCUUCAGUUGAAGAGGCACUGGAAAUUGCUCAGACAUCCCUACAUGGUGCAGUUUAG